AUGUCUGCUGGUGGAAUUAGGAGACCUGUGCAGAUCGAGGAGUUCAAGACGGCGAUCAGCGACAUGUCAGCCGAUGAAUUGGCCCAUCUGAAGCAAGAAAUAGAGAACAGUAUCCUGCACCUCAACCGUUCGAAUGCUAGACUCAACAAGUACGUUGCUAAGCUGGAGGGCAAGGCCAAGACCGUCGAGGAGGAAGAUGAGGACGACGAAGAGCUGCAGAACAUCGAGGAGGGCGACUUGCAGCUGUACCACGACUCGCUCAGGGAGAACGAGAUCCUACUGAAGAACUACGACGAAAGGCUGGAGGCAUUGCACCAGGAGAACCUGUACAGGGCCAGCGCAGGCAAGAAGCCUAGCUCCUAA